AUGCUCUUCUCCUUCCUCGUACUCUCUCUCUCCCCGCCACUUUCUCACUGCUCAUCCAUUCAUGACCUCCUCCAGUCCAGAGGCUUGCCGGCCGGCCUCCUCCCGAAGGAGGUCGAAUCCUACACACUGUCUGAAUCUGGGCUACUUGAAGUGUUUCUGGAUGGUCCGUGUAUAACCAAGUUUGAUACGAUGGCGUUUUAUGACAGUGUUGUUCGGGCGAAUUUAACGUACGGUAGUCUCACCGGAGUCGAGGGAUUCUCGCAGGAAGAGCUCUUUCUGUGGCUUCCGGUUAAGGAUAUUGUAGUUGAUGAUCCGAAGUCGGGGCUAAUUCUGUUUGAUAUUGGUGUUGCUCAUAAACAGCUUUCGCUGUCUCUGUUUGAAGAUCCACCAGAUUGUAAUGCAAAAAGUGUAUCGAAGAAAAAUGGCAGAGAAGAAAGAGGACAUGCAGCUCAAAAAUAA